AUGCUAUCACGUGCAGUUGUUGUCUCGUGACGUCGGUGGGGGUAUUUGUUAUGCGACUUGCAUCAACAUCAACAAAUGUAGUGUGGGCGUCAUAGUGGCGAAGGGAAUGCUGUCGUGAGGUAUUUUACGUACUUAAACUGUAUCAGUUGAAGCAGAAAAACAGGUUUCCCGCGGAGUUGUUUACGCGGCGCGCCCGAGGUUACGUAACGGGCAGGGCCGGCAUGCUAGGCUAGUGUUUAGCCGAGUGUAGGCCGACCCGGGACAGCCAUGGAGCCCAGCUACGACGAGGACCUGAACGAGAACAGCUUCUUCCAGCUGCUGCAGACGGACCACGCCGAGCUGUUCGAGAAGGCGACCCUGGAGGGCUGGACCAUCUGCGUGCCGCGCGCGGGCUCCACCCCGCGCUACACCCUGGCGCACGAGGACUUCUACGGACACGUGCUGGUCCCCAGCGACGAGCUGCCCGAGAGCCACUUCCGCACGCUGAGCGGGCGCGCCGUGCGCGUGAGCAACCGGCUGGUGACCGUGGAGCACGAGGACAUCGCCCGGCCCCUCAGCACGCACAUCCUGUUCGAGGAGACCUUCUACACCGAGGACCUGGUCAGGUACAAGGUGCUGUGCGUGGAGAGCCCGCUGGUGAGCCACCUGGGGGCGGGCUCCGGGGAGGGCAGCCCCCCGGUCGCCGUGCACACGCUGCGGGAGUGCAUCGACCUGCUGUGGACCGAGUGCUCGGGCAAGGACAUCCUGGAGAGGAUGGACGCGGCGAUGGGCGCGUUCCGCUCCGCGGCGGGCCUCGACUCGGAGCCCCUGCAGGCGCAGAAGGACCGCGCGGGCCGGCUGUACGUGCGGUGCCUGCAGCUGGCGCUGGAGGACCCGCGCCUCAAGGAGCAGGCUGGCGCCGACAAGCGCCUGCUGGAGAACGUCAAGCUGGCCGUGGAGACGUACGUGCACCACGGCAUCUACAGGCAGCUCUUCGAGGGCAUCGCCGCGUGCACGGCGUACGAGGACGCGUCGCUCAACAAGGUGAUCCGCAACCUGUCGGACAUCCAGCUGCGCGACCUGGACGUGCGGCCGGACCUGUGCGACACGGUGCCGCGCGCCCGGCAGGAGCUGUCCCGUGUCGACGCCUACAGCACGACGCUGGGCAAGAUGGGCUGCCUGAGGCGCAUGGUGUCCGCCAUCUCCAAGCAGAGCGGCCCCAAGCGGACGUCCAGCCUGGGCGGGGGCAACAUCAUAGCCGCGGACGACCUCCUGCCGAUGAUAGUCUUCCUGGUGAUAAAGACCGCCCUGCCGAACUGGAUCGCGCAUUUGACGUACAUGAAGCACUUCCACUUCUCGGUGUGCGCGAGUUGCCAGGUGGACGAGUACAACUUCCUCAUCACCACGCUGGAGGCGGCCAUCGAGCACAUCAAGUCCGGGGUGCUGUUGGGCAACUCGGCCCCCGAAGCCCAGUUCAUUUACGAGUCACAAGAGAACAGGGAGACCCCGCCUUCCGAUUCCAAUGACGGGGGAAAUGAGUCAGACGGUGAAGAAACUUGCAUUGGAGAUUUUUUCGAAAGUAUCAAGCAAGGCAACAUAGCUCGUGUGGAAAAGAUGCUGAAGCGCAACGGCUACGUGACGAACCAGUCCUCAGAGAAGACCAGCGGCCUGUGUCACCCGCUGUGUUCGUGCGACAGGUGCGAGAGUGUGAUGUCGCGCAGCUUGUGCGACACGGCCCCCACCGUCCGCUCGUGCGACGACAAGGGCUUCACGGCGCUGCACGUCGCGUGCCUGUUCGGGCAGCCCAUGAUCGUGGACCUGCUGGUGAGCGCCGGCGCGGACGCGAACGCGCGCGACUGCAGCGGCUCGGUGCCGCUCCACUACUGCGCGGCGCGCGGCUACCAGAACGCCCUCCUGCUGCUGAUACACGCCGGGGCGCGGCUGGGCGAGCGCGACAGCGACGGCAACACGCCCCUGCACCUGGCCUCCAACAACGGCCACGAGGGCUGCGUGAAGGCGCUCCUGUACUUCGCGGAGCACGUGGGCGCGCGGCUCGACACCAACGUCGCCAACAAGAAGGGAGACACGGCGCUGCACUUUGCGGCGCGCUGGGGGUACGAGGGCAUCGUGGAGAUACUGCUGGAGCACGGGGCCAGCUGCGCGGUCCAGAACAGGCGGCAGCUGACGCCCACGGACUGCGCGCACAGCCUCCACAUCUCCAAGCUGCUGCUGAGCCACAGGAAGGCCGACAAGCUGGUCCCCACCCAGGUGGUCGUCAGGAGCGGGCAUCUCGACCGGAACGCGGAAGCGGCCGCGGCUUCCAAGCCGGGGCUGGACUUCGUGGACGCAGGCAGGGACGGAGCGACGGACGGCUGGCUCGGCAACUGCGACCGGGAGUCUCUCUCGGCCCACAUGCAGUCCACGGAGCAGAUCAAGAAGGUGGAGAAGAUCCUGAAGGCCAUAGCGCAGGGUGACACGCGCCUGGCGUGCUUCUACCUGGGCCUGGAGGGGUGCGGGGAGGACAGGGGGAGCAGCGGCGCUGCGCGGCGCGGCGGGGUGGCGUGCCACCCGCUGUGCCGCUGCGAGACGUGCGGCGCGGAUGCGGACCGGGAUGAGGAGCAAGGCGUACGCGCGGCGGAUGUGAACGUGUGCAACCCGGAGGGCGUGACGCCGCUGCACGCGGCCGCCGCGCACGGCCGCGCGGACCUGGUGCGGCUGCUGCUGGAGCGCGGCGCGCGGGCGGACGCGGUGACGCGCGCGCGCCGGGCCAGCCCGCUGCACCUGGCCUGCCAGCACCAGCAGCUGCGCGCGGCGCGCCUGCUGCUGCAGGCCGGCUGCAGCGUGGACCUGGCGGACGCGCGGGGCAACACCGCGCUGCACUACUGCAGCGACGCGCGGCUGGUGCGGCUGCUGCUGGCCUUCAGGCCGCGCCUCGACGCCGCCAACGCCGAGGGCAGGACGCCGCUGCAGCAGGCGGAGGAGCGGAUGUCGCUGGCCGUGGUCGCGCUGCUGAGGGCCCAGUGAGGCGUUCGCAGCGGUCCGUUACGACGGUAAAGAAGGAAAUCCCAUGGGAACACCGUGUAAACCGUCCGUGCCUGCUGAAGCCGUGUCGACGUUCUGGAAUGGAUCUCCCAAAACCUCAGCGAAUUAUGUACUGAUCCCUGUGUUGAUACUCAUAUGCACAUUUAAACUUCUACAAACAAUGAAGCAAAAUAAAAAAAAAGUGUUCGUACAAAAGGUACGAUGGGCUAAAUCAAUGGAAAAUUUAAGUUUUAUUAUAAUCAUACUAAACUGUUUAAAUUUUUAUUACAAAAAUCUUUACAGUGGGAGAGACCAUUAAUGAAUCAAACAUAGUUUCAAAAAUAAAAAAAAGUACAAUUAAAAUUAGCCUAUCUCCUACCAAGCGGUGUAAUCUGAAGGUAUGACAAUAAUCUAUUUUGAAUAAUGUUUACAACGUGUCAUUAAAUUGUUGCUCAUAAAACAACCAAUAAUUUGAUGUAAACAAUACUUCAAAUGGAAAAAUAAUUAAGACUAAAUGUAUUACAGUAAAAAAAGAAAUAAAUAAGGAAUUUAAUUUAAAAAAAAAAUUGAUACAAAUUUUUGUUUUACUAAUUCCAUAAUGUGAGUUUGAACAGAAAAUAGUUUAGUAUUGUUCCUCUAUGUAUAAGAAACAUUUUGGGGUUUUAUUUUAAUCUAAAUAAGUUAUCAUAAAAGCUUGGGAAAAAAAAAAGUUUUUUAGUUUGACCUCUGAUUUGCCCCACCUUGCAAUAUGUUGUUAUGAAAUUUUUGGGACAGCUGCAAAUGUUUCUAGUAUAGGGUUACUAGAGGUAUAGAAAACAGGGAUGCGUCAGGAAAAUCACCAAAUGUAUCAGUAAAUAUUUCUUGUGCCAGCAAAAUUAAACUGAAAAUACCAUUUCCACCAAUGUUCAGGCACAUCAAAAACUGCUCAAACAUUUACGUCUGAAAUUUUUUUUUUUAUCUUGCUUUUCCUGAAACCCUGGUCUUUUUACUGUAGACACAAAGGGGGGAAACUAAUUUCCGGAUGCUUACAUACAAGGGUGAAUCCGGAGCAGUUGCAUACGGACACUGGUAUCCAUCUAAAAUGGCGUUAAUUUUGCCAAUGUGACAUAUUUGCAAGCACAUAUGUAUUUUUUUACCCCAAAAAGGAACUCAAAAGUGAGCCACAGGAUAAUUUGUGUCUGGAAGGUCAGAGAAACUUGUCGAAUCAUUUCCGGAAAAAAGCUGUAAACGUCAGGGAAUUUUGGAAUUUCAAGCUUGUGGCAACCCUGUAAUAAUUAUUUUCUUUAGAGUUGUGAGUUAAUGUGUAAUUGGGAUUUUAUGAGGUGAUAAACUGUGUGUUCGUGCAAGAAGGUGCAUAUAUGAUAAUUAAUUGAUAUAAUACCAACCUGUGUUGAUUCUGCAAUCUUGCUAUAAACUGUUACAUUAAAUAGUAUUUUUGAUUGUUAAAUAAUGCUCAUAGUGUAACUUUGUGUUAAAUUUUGUGUUUCACUUUUUUUAAUAAACCUGUUAUAUA